AUGACAAACCGUGCACCAUCACCUCCCUCAACGGGAUAUUGCAUUAUAGACAUUCGUAAUAGUGGCGAUACUGGCAGUACGGAUACUGAUCUACUCCCUGCUGCGCGUCCACCCUCACCGCCUGAAUCUUUUUCCAAUUCUUCUGAAGAUGCCUUCAAUAGCUCUGAUUUGGCAGAUUCUAUUCUUGAAUCUAUAGAACAAAAGAGAUCCAUUCCUACGUACAUUCUAUAUGAUAAACGAGGAUUACAGCUCUUUGAUGAAAUCACUCAAUUAGAUGAUUGCUAUUACUUAACUGGCGCUGAGUUGGAUAUUUUGGUUCGUAAGUCUGAAGAAAUCAUAACUCGUUUGAAAGACGGAAGUGUUAUUUUUGAAUUAGGAGCUGGUGCUCUCCGUAAAACGCAGGUCUUUUUACGAGCCAUUGAACGAAAAAAAGUGCACAUUAAAUAUUACGCGUUAGAUCUGGAUCAACAAGAACUAAAUCGAUCUCUAUCCUCUCUCGGAGAAUUCCAAUACGUUGAAUUAUAUGGUCUUCUUGGUACUUACGAUCAAGGUAUUCCAUGGAUUAGUAAACACUUCACCAAUCGGAAUAUACACAAAAGUUUUCUCUGGAUGGGAAGUUCGAUCGGUAACCAAACACAUCUCGAAUCUGCACUCUUUCUGCGUAAGAUUCAGCGUAUCUGUCUGGAACCUGGCGAUUUCAUGGCUAUCGGGUUCGAUAAAAGGAACGAACCUUCAAAGAUUGAGUUGGCAUAUGAUGAUUCUUAUGGUGUGACAAGAGACUUCAUUAUGAAUGGUUUAGAUCACAUUAACACUAUUUUAAAAAGAGACAAAAAUGAUUUAUUGUUCAAGCGAAAUCAAUUUGCCUACCAUUCAAUCUACCAAGAAAAGCAAGGCCGUCACUUAUCACAUUAUCAAGCUUUGGAAGACGUGGUUUUAAAGCACAAGACAGCUCAAAAAAAAUAUAACAUUACUAUUCAUAAAGAUGAGCUAAUUCAUGUGGAACAUUCCUAUAAAUAUUCUAUGGAGGAAAUUGAAAGCAUCUUAUCAGCAGCUGAUCUCAAUAUUGUCGAUUACUGGGUUGACUCUAAGGAUCAAUAUCGUUUGGUGCUAGCCGAGAGUCGUCCUUUCAACUUUGAACGCAAUGUCGAUCAAGUACGCAGAUUCCUCUAUCCACCGAAAGAGGUAUUUGAAGAGGAACCUAUCGACUGUUAUACUUGUAAUGAAGGCCAAUACGAAUUUUCGAGCGAAGAUAAUGUAAAAGAAGAGCCGCUAGAUUUGUAUACACUGGACAAGACCUGGCCUUCGAAUGCUCUACCCACACUACAUGAGUGGCAGGAACUAUGGAAUGCUUGGGAUUUGGUGACUCAACAUAUGAUGAACCAUAAAACUAUGUUAUUUGAACGCCCCAUAGCUCUACGACAUCCUUUUAUUUUCUAUUUGGGGCAUAUUCCUGCCUUUUUAGAUAUUCAGCUCUCACGUCAUCAGGUGGAUGCAGAAAUAACAGCUGAUAUGUCUACUACUAUCCACUAUACUGAACCUCUAUGUUUUGCUGAAAUAUUUGAACGCGGUAUUGAUCCUGAUAUGGAGGACCCUACGCAAUGUCAUCCUCAUUCUGAGGUACCCACAAAUGAAAAAGACUGGCCAAGUGUGGAGCGUAUUUUGACGUAUCAAGCCCAUGUCCGUCAGCGCUUACAGAAUCUUUUGAACUUUUGGCAAGCUGAAGCGUUCAGACUUCAAUCUUCAUCGUGGGUUCAAGAAAGGAAACGGCAAGCUCGAAUUGUAUGGAUGUGUUUCGAACACGAAGCUAUGCAUUUGGAAACUCUUUUGUACAUGCUGGUACAAAGUCCUAACAUGCUGCCACCAAAAGGCGUUGCCAUUCCUAAUUGGAAACUUGUGCUUGAUAUGAUAAGGAACACCAGUGACUUACAACCGGGCGCUAUAACACCUUUAACUGAUGCACCAUUCAUCACAAUUCCUGCGGGCACGGUUACGGUGGGCCACAAUGAUAAAGAAUUGGCCGAUUUACCUUCUACUGCUUCUGUAGCUUAUACUAUUACUACCAAGAUGAACGAUGAUAAUUUGGAGUUUGGAUGGGAUAACGAAAACCCCAAACGUCAAAUGGAUGUCUCCUCUUUUGAGAUUCAAUCGAGACCGGUUACUAAUGGUGAAUACUACGUUUAUUUACAAGAGAUUGGUUCUGAUAAUAUUCCUGCUUCCUGGUCAGAAGUACACGAACAUCAAUAUGCAGUGAAAACAGUAUUCGGUCUCUGUCCGCUUGUCUAUGCUCAACAUUGGCCUGUGCAAAUUACUUACAAUGAAGCAGCUGAUUAUGCAAAAUACAAAGGUUGCCGACUCCCUACAGAGGCUGAGCUUGUCUAUUUCCGCACUAACUUUAAGACGGCCCAAGUGAAUAAGGAUAGAGGAUGGCCGAAUAUUGGUUUCAAGCACUGGAGUCCUACCGAUGUAGAUAAUGACGCUGUACAUACUAUAGGCGAUGUUUGGGAAUGGACUGAAACUAUAUGGGAAGAACAUGAAGGCUUCGAAGCUUCUCAAUUAUAUCCCGGUUAUUCUGCUGAUUUCUUUGAUGGCAAACAUCGUGUAAUUUUGGGUGGAAGCUGGGCCACUCAUCCUCGUAUAGCUGAACGAACGUCUUUCAGAAAUUGGUAUCAAAGUGGAUAUCCUUAUGUUUUCUGUGGUUUCAGAUUGUGUCGUUGA